AGCCGAUAUGCGCCUAGUGCCUCGGAGGAGGGCAGGGGAGCAGGAGGAGCGGGGAGGGGGCGACGAGACGGGGCUCCUCUCUUCGGCGAGGCAACGGAGGAGAGCCCGGCUGCGGAAGAGGAGGGGACGGAGAGCAGCGGCGACGCGAGGCACAGGCGCGGCGGAGACGGUGUGUCUGUGUCCCGGGCAAUAUGGCGGCUCUAGCAGGGUUCGGCCAGCAGCGGCGGCGGCGCAGACUCCGACUCAACGCAGCGGCGCCGGCCCCGCCACCCAAACAGCGUCCGCGGCGGCGAGCGUGACCCCCCUCCCUUUCCUGCGUGUCAGGCAGUCCGUCACUCCCACUUGCCCCCCUUCCGUGUUCCCGAGGCUGAGCAGGCACCAGUUUAAGCCUUGCCUUGUAUGGGCGGAGAGCAGCGAGGACGGGGGUCGCUGCUGCUGAGGGGGCGAUGUGUGUGAGGGGGGGCUUUCUCCCUGGUGUGGGGGGGGAGGGGGCGGAGCGGCGCCCGCGUCGGUGAGGGACGGGCGACGACGGCGGCCGAGCGGGGCCUGCCUUAAGCUGGGCCAGGCCGCGCUCACUGAGGCGGGGGCAGCUAGCACGGUCGUUUCAUUUCGGUUGGGCUCGGUUUUGGCUCCAUUGUGACCCGCGGUGCGAAGAGCGCCGCCGCGGAGAGCCCGGAUAAUGACGUCACCUUUUCGUGCUUGGAGGGGGGGAAGAAACAGAAUUGACCCUCCCCUUCCUCUCCCCUCCCCUUCCCCUCCGUCCCAGGGGCCAGCCAAAGGCUGACGCGUGGGUGGGGCGGCAAGAGAAAGAGGGAGGAAGAAAAAGAAAAGAAGCUCCGGCCGGGCUGCUGAAGAGAGGGGGAAACGGGAUUCAGUUACAGCGGCUGCAAACCUGGGGAAACUGAGCAAGAGCCCUUCAAAGGCCUCGAGGCGUUAUCGGCUGGAGCGUCCUCUCAGUGCGCGGGCUGGAUAGACAGGCGUUGCGCAUCAUCAUCAUCAUCACCGCCAGAGGAAAUUAUUCUGCACAUCUCCGUCGUCUGGACAAAACCACCGGAAGCAGCUCUGAAGAGAGCAGAAGUAGUGCUGGGUGUAAAAGAGCCGAGAGGAGUGGUGUUUCUGUGUUCUGCCAGAUUGAGAGGACUCGUCCCUCUUUGUUACUAUUAUUUUAAAAUAAUAAUAAGCAGUGGGACGUCUGCCUCAUCUUGGCAAGAUGCAUAAAUGUCUCCAGACUACAUUUGUACUCAGCACUUUUAAAUUUCACAGACUCCUUACGUUCUUAGACCUGGGAAAAAUAUUUUACAUAUAGUGGCUCACGUUUCAUUGCUAACAUUACUGUUUUGGCUUUACCUCACACCCAUUGCGCUUUCUGUCAUCUUUUUAUUCUGUAGCUUAUGAUGUUAUUUUGUUAUCUUCCUGGACAUGAGUUGGAAUUAAAAACAUCUUGCUAGUUGGAAUGCA